AUGUUGCAGAGUAUGGCUGCUCAGGGGAGCCCCCUGCUGGCCUCAUUACCGGUGCAGGGUCGCCCACUUCAGACCCCUCUGGACCUGAAACACUUCCUGCCCUUCCGGCUCAGUGGCUCCUCCCCCCUCAACCUGUUCCCCAACUUCAACACUAUGGACCCGGUGCAGAAGGCUGUGAUAAACCAUACGUUUGGUGUUCCUCAGUCCCUGAAGAAAAAACAGGUCAUCUCAUGCAAUAUCUGCCACCUGCGCUUCAACUCCACGAAUCAGGCUGAGGCUCAUUAUAAAGGCCAUAAACAUGCUCGUAAGCUGAAAGCUUUAGAGGCUCAGAAGAACAAACAGCAGAGGCGACAACUCGACAACACACAUCACAACCGAGACAGAGAGAAGGACCGAGAGAGGGAAAGGGAGAGAGACAGCAGCAGAGUGAAAACGAGCGCUCCAGAUCCACUUCCUGCCCUGCUGGAUGACACCGCCAUGGAGGAAAGUAAGUGA